CAGAAGUGGUCCUGACCCAUAAAAUGGAUCUAAUUGAUGCACAACAAUUUACGGUCGUCCAGCUCAAACGGUGGUUGGCGGCACUGAACUUGCCGACAAUCGGCAAUAAGGCCGAACUCGCGGCCCGACUAAACGGCGUGGACCCGUUAGUUCGUGGAACUCGCCCGGAGUCCCCAGUACCGGUGGACGCUGAAAACGAAGACAUGGCUGAGCACGUUCAGGAGUUUGAUCUAGAGGAUGACUUGGGGGAGCAUUUCUCUGCGACCCUAGUCGGCCCUAGGUCGGAUCAGAUUCCUGCCGUGGCCGAAGGAGUAUCGUCGCUACAACAAAUACGCGCUGAAAUCAAAGCUGGAAGAAAGGAGUUCCAGAACAUUCUUGGGCAAGUAAGAGCUGCGUCGCAAGCAGUUGCCAAUGACGUCAUCAGCAAGCCCGAAAACUGCAAUCAAGCAGUGAGCAUCGAGGGAGGUAAGCAAGCAGUUCAAUGCGAAAACUUCCAGGAAGCUGUGAGCGGAAAAAUACCAAACGCCGAUGGGAGUGCUCAUAUCGAUAGCGGCACCGAUAUCGAUCUAGGCAACGGUGUUGAGCAACGACGAAUGGCAGUUGUAAACAAAGAAUCAGAAUCGCCAAGUUUGUCACUUUCGUUUGCCAAAGAAAUGAUCAUGGAUUACGAUGGAUCAUCUUGCGCAAACGUUUGGACUCAGCAAGUAUGCAACAUUGCUGAAAUGUACAACUUGGAUGCAGUGUGCGUAAAAAUGGUGAUUGUGGCUAAACUAAAAGGCAUCGCCCAGCGCUGGUUGCAUGCAAAUGCAACGCGUAUUAUGGAGCCGGCAGAGAAUCUGUUGGAACAGCUGAUCCUAGCAUUCGGCGAUAAACUGUCCAAAGCAGAGGCGCGACGCAAAUUUGAGGACUUGAAGUGGCAUUAUGGCGAAAAGUUUGCGGUGUAUUUUGAGGCAAAGACAAUGCUGGCAAGCAGCAUCAACAUUGAUCCAGACGAAUUGGUUGACCAGAUAGUCGAGGGAAUACCAGCACAGAAUUUGCGGGAUCAGGCCCGGAUCCAAUGCUUCACAAAUCCGAAGCAAAUUCUCCGUGCGUUUGCUGGUAUCCGUUUGGAUAAGUCAAAGAAGUCAGCGUCAAAGGAGCUUAACAAGAAUAGGAGCAGCACCAGAGGAUUCCGCUGCAGUAACUGCAACGCCAGAGGACACAUCGCUAAGGAUUGUCGAAAACCAGCAAGGAAUCCAGGAUCCUGCUAUGCUUGUGGCAAGUUUGGCCACUUUGUAGCCCAAUGUGAGGAAAGAAAGGGAAAUGCUGUAAAUAAAUAUCAUGCAUCUUAGACUCUGGCAGUCCAAUUUCGUUGCUUAAAAUAUCUUUGUUGCCCAGGGAGGCCCAAUUACAUGAAGUCAAAGAACAAUAUUUUGGUAUAAAUAGAAGCCCAUUACAAAUCUACG